GAGGGUUUCGAUAUACUUUCUGACUCACGCAUGGAUCAUGCCCAAUGCAUCAAUGGGACCAUUCCGUCAAUGACCGCGCUACAUGUUAGUCUAUUCACGGAACAACAACCGGCGCUAAGAGUCGCGUGCUCAAGAAGGCAACAUCAUCUACUUGUGCAUUACGGAGUGAACUACCUUUGACUCUUGAAUUCCGUGCUCAAGUCGUCACAUGAAUAGCGAGUAUUCGACAACAACUUGGCAGAACUCAACAAUGAACAGCGGUUCCGAUGGCAGUACUCUUGUGGGCUGGACACUGGAAUCUCCAGGCCGCGGAACCUUGGGUCUUCUCACAACAUGCUUUGUCACAACAUCCAUCUGCACAUGGAUCGUCAUUCAUCCAAGGAUCGAUGACCAUAAGAAGUCUCGGAUAUGGCACAAGCUUGCUCUCUGGCUGAAGACCAUCAUCGCGCCAGAACUCAUCGCCGUCGAAGCUGCCCAGGAACAUAUGCAGGCACAACAAGUGAUCAAAGAGAGCGCCAAAUUGAUCGGGAAACAAAUGACGCUGGAGCAAGCAUUCUACGUGGGCAUGUUUGGUCUACGGUACCGCACAGCACAUGGCUCGAAAGUACUUUGGCCGAAUCAAUUCCUAUGGCUACUUGAGAACAAUUAUCUUCGCUGGGAGGAUCACGCAGAGUGGGGCUUCGAGCAUGAGGUGAUCAAAGACAAGAGCAACUCCGACUCCUUUGCCAAGUUGUUCGCGCUCCUUCAGGUCGCGGGUUUCGUCGGCCAAUGCCUGAUCCGCGCUGUGCACAACCUGCCCCUCGCGCCGCUUGAGGCGAUGACUUUGGGAUAUAUCCCUCUGUUCGCCGUCACGUACUACUACUGGUGGCUGAAGCCCAAGGACAUAAAUACACCCUCGAUCAUCCAGCUGGAGGACAUGAGACCUGAAGUUUUCGCCGAGUUCGAAGCACUGAGCAUCGACAACACUUUCGAUAGCGAGCCUAACUUGCGAUCAAGGUCACUACGGUCGAUUUGGGCACUCACACCGCGCAUGUUCGAGAAACAGUUCGCCGACAAGCAAUUUCGUAUUGCACAGGAGGAAUACGAGCAGAAAAUGGAAGAUUAUCAGCUACAAAGGCUUUCGGCGGACCAUGCAAACUCCACCAGCAAACCCAUGCAAUUGCCGCCCGAGCCGCCACGUCGGGAUUCCGAAAUUGUCCUCGGUCACUGGGAUCCUCAGCUUUACCACUCCAAGCUCUGGCCGAUCGCCAUCCUCGUCGGAAUCUCAUUCCCCGCACUGCACCUGAUCUCCUGGGGCGCCGAGUUCCCCACGAUGGUAGAAUCGUGGCUUUGGCGCGUGGCGGCCCUGACGUCGAUUUGUGGUAUGCUAAUUUUUAUGCAAUUUGAGCGGGUUGUGCUUCAUUGGCGCGAUCCACUCAUGAUAGUGAAGCUGUUGUCGCCAAUGCUGUAUCUUGUAACACGUAUGAUCAUGUUGGCAUUGGCAUUAGCAGCGUUUCGAGCGUCGGAUCCGAGAUUGUACCAGACGUAUGUUGCGUCAUCUUAUUGGGUGCAGCUCAUAUGAUCGUCUGCACGAAGCUCCUACGAAGACUCACUAUUGCACUUAAUGACUCAAUCAUGAACGCUCACAUCAUCUUCAUUUGUAAAACCUAGGCCAGCCAUU